GUGACUUCGAAUUUCGGAGUGACUCGAGCAUUUCUCUCCGGAAAAGUUAUGAGUGGCGUUGCUCUUUUUUCUAUUUCAAUUUUCACCCAAAAUUCCAUUGAAAAUCAGUGAAAUUCUUUGUUAACUUUAUUCGAGGAACACCAUUGAAGUGUCGUGUAGUGAAAUUGUGUGGAAAAGUGCAGGAAAUUGGGCAGUAUUUGGGCAGGGAGAAAACCGGCGUCGGACAGUUUCGUGUUUGGGGGAGAAAAUGGCGGAUGCAUCAAUAGAUUUGUAUGCGGACGAUUUGGACCAAGAUUACAACCAAAAGGAUGAUUUCGGGGGUGAUGGGGUGGAUUUGUACGACGAUGUGCUGACUUCGCAGCCAGGGGGCACUCCAAGGUCCGAUGGCGGAGGCCCCGGAGGCGACCGCUCCAUGGACAGGUCCGAGACUUCGGAAACCAAUGGAGGAUACCAUCACAUCGGCAACAAUCUGGCUCCCAAUCACAUGGGAAGGCGCUACCAGUUGUACAUCGGAAAUCUCAAUUGGUGGACAACCGAUCAGGAUAUCGCUGAUGUGAUUGAGGACAUUGGCGUGAAGGAUUUCCAGGAUGUGAAAUUCUUCGAGAAUCGCGCCAAUGGGCAGUCGAAGGGCUUCUGCGUGAUUACUCUGGGCUCGGAGUCAAGCAUGCGUCUGACUAUGGAUCGUCUGCCGAAGAAGACGAUGCAUGGGCAGAUUCCCAUGGUGACUCCGGCCACUAAGCAGGCCCUCAAUCAAUUUGAGAGUCAGCAGAAAACGCGCCCCAAUCCACCGCCUUCGAAUGGCCCAAGGGGACCCCCAUCGUCCAUGGGAGGUCCUCCGCCCCAUUCCGGAGGGCCCCCACCUGGUCAUCAGCCGCGCAUGAUGAAUCCCAAUGGACCUCCGCACAUCCGGGGCCCUCCGCAGUUCCAGGGCCAGAGAAUGCCCGGCGGACCACCAGGGCAACCCGGUGGACCCGGAGGACCAAGAAUGGAGAUGCAAAUGCACCAGGGAGGAAACCACAUGAAUCAACAACCGCAGGGGCCUCAAGGGCCACCAAGAUUCCAGUCUCAGGGCCAAUGGAAUGGACCACCGAGACCGUCUGGUCCACCACGUGGAGGCCCAAUGCCUGGGGGACCAUCUGGACCGCCCCAGCAUCGACCAAUGUUCCAGGGAGGUCCUGGAGGCCCACCACGCGGAGUGCGUCCGGAUUGGAAUAGGCCUCCGAUGCACGGAGGUUUUCCUGGUCAGGGACCACCUCAGGGCCAUCCACAGGGUCCGCCUCACAUGCAGGGACCCCCUCGUGGUCCUCCGUCUCAGCAAAUGGUAGGUCCUCCGCAUGCACCACAUCCACAGCCGGCUCCUCAUGUCAAUCCGGCCUUCUUCAAUCAGAGCGGCGGCCCCGGAGCCCCUCAGCACGCCCCCAUUGGACCUCCACACGGAGGACCACAGCAGAGUAUGCAGCCUCAUCCGCAGCCACACUUUGGCCAGGGAGCCCCACGGGGACCCUGGCCAGGAGCCCCAGGGAAGCCCGUGGGGCCACCAUUCCCCGAUCAGGGCAUUCCCACACCUCAAGUCAGCGAGGCUGAAUUUGAGGAGAUUAUGGCGAGGAAUAGGACAGUGAGCAGUUCAGCAAUUGCCAGGGCAGUGUCAGAUGCCGCAGCUGGGGAAUACUCGUCAGCUAUUGAGACCCUGGUGACGGCCAUUUCGCUGAUUAAACAAUCGAAAGUGGCUCAGGAUGAACGCUGCAAGAUCCUCAUCAGUUCCCUGCAGGACACUCUGCAUGGCAUCGAGACCAAGAGCUACAGUCGAAGGGAGAGAUCUCGGUCACGGGAUCGAUCCCAUCGACGAGCUCGACGUGAGAGAUCGACUUCGCGGUACCGCGAAAGAUCUCGCGAAAGGGAUCGUGACCGUGAUCGCGAGAGGGAUAGGGAUCGUGAAGGACGCUACCACAGCGAGAGCAGCAGCUACAGAGAAAGCACUCGAGAGGGACGCGAUAGAUCCAGGAGCCGUGAUCGAGGAGGCGGCAGCGGCGGAGAUGGUGGCGCAAGUGUCGAGCAUUACAGAGAGGAAAGCCGUUCGCGUCCGAGGAAAUCAUCGGAAAUUGGAGGGACUGAACCCAAGUACUAUGCUGAUCCGAGCCGCGAUAGGGAUCGGAUGCGCGAUUUAGAGAGAGCACGAGAUCGUGAUGAACAUCGUUCGCGUCACUAAAUAUUAUUCACAGUUUUUUUUUCUCCAUGAUUCAAGAGAGAUGAUCAUUGAAAAUUCUAUCUGCCCCCCAUUCAACUAUUUAGUCUGUAUUGCUGUAUUAUCAUAGGAAGAAAAAAAAUAAUAAUGUCCUUUGGGGCUACUGCAGCAGGAUGUGGAAGAUUCUGUGAGAGAGAUCACUGAGAUAUUUUCCAGAGGAGAGAAAGGAGGAUUUUGAGAGCAAGAAAAGGCGAAUCCUUGAUGAUUUAAAAGGAUUGAACUUCAGCAGUAGUUGACAGAGGAAUUAAUAGAUGUUCGAAGAAUGAAGUUUUGAAGAAAGGAAACUACUACUAAUUUAAAAAAAAAUAUUAACAAGAAAAGGAAUGAAGAGGAGAUUGAAGAAGAGUACUUCAGCGAUGGACGCCGUGGGAUGACAAAGAAGAAUGUAUUGAAGAAAAAAAAAAGAAAAUCAAUUAAUAUUUAGAAGUAAAAAUGUAUGUGAAAAAACCUUCAAAAA